AGUUGAAGCAAAUUAAAUUGGGAGGAGAGAAUUGAAAAAGAAAAGAAAAUGGAGAGAAAAGUGGAAAAUGUUGCAGAGAGCAAAAAGGGAAUGGGAAUGACGGAAACAUGGAUGAGGAAGCACGACUUGUUAUUGAUUGCAGCCACCCGCAACCCUUUCACCCAAGCCAUCCGCGACGCCACUCUUCCCCUCUCUUCCUUCAACAAUUGGCUUGGACAAGAGUAUUGGCUGGCAAAAAGAGCGUUUGUUCCUUUCCUAUCCACUUUGUUGCAGAAAGCAAGACAUGAAUCAAACGACAUAGUACAAGUGAUUCAGACCGGAAUCGGUUUACAAAAUGACAAGAUUUCAUGGCUGGAACGAGAAGCGGAGAAGCUCCAUGUUUCCCUGGACAGUGUAGUGCCCUAUCAGCCCACCAUAGACUACUCCAAGCUACUGGAGAGUCUUACCGACGACGACUACACGGCGGCGCUGUCAAUUCUCUGGGCUACACAAACUGUUUAUCACCGCACCUUUGCUCACUGCUUAUCUGAGGGUUCUAGGACGCCGGAGGAGAUGAAAGAGGCGUGCCGGAAAUGGGGCGGCGACGCCCAAGGCGACUACUGCCUUUCUCUUCAAAGAACAGCGGAUGGUGCGCUGGAGAAGGCUCCCCGUGAUGUGAUUGUGAAGGCUGAGGUUACUCUGCUGGAGUUUCUUGAGAUUUCUGUUCAGUUCUGGAAUAAUGUCGUCAACAAAUGCAUGCAACCAAACGCAUUUUAGAAUUUAGAAUUUAGAUGG